AUGGCGGCCGCAAUUUCACAUGGUGGUGGGCAGCCUGCCGGGCGCGGCGCAAAGCCUGUGAGCGCCGGCAGUCGUGGGCAAGCGGCUGCCUCUCUCCCUCAUUUCGAUUCCUUCGUUACACACAAAGGGCGUGCGGCAGCGAUUGGGCACGCCGCCGCGCCAAAAACACCACAUGAGCUCCCAGCUGGAGGCCCUCCAGGCCGAGAACGCGCGCCUCAAGGCAGAGAACGAGACUCUAAGGCAACAAUUACAAUCACAGUCCACGGACCAAGAUCUACUGAGAACUUUAGGACGGUCACCUGACAGAGGGCGGACGCUCGCUCAUACAAUCGGCCAGCGAAGUUUGUCUCCAGGGAGUGAGCUAGAAAGACAUCCACACAAGGAGGACAACACGGAGAACGAACUAGCGCAAUUCCUCGAGGAGGGCCUGCGCGACGGCCUCUUCUCGAGCCAGGAACAGCAACCGGGCGACUUACUUGAUGAUAUAAUACGAAACAUACCAGUAAAAAAAUUAAGGAAGCCCUACACGUGCGAGGACCGCGCUUCGGAGUUAGGUAUCGAUGCGGACGAAGAGGAGCUCCCGGACUGGUUGAAAGAAGGCUUACAACCAGAAAUCCCCAAGCACCUCAAACAUGCAUUCAGGGAAGCACGUAAAAAGAAGAAGAAGCCGUUGCCUCGCUUAUUGCAAGGUGCCAAGAUCAACCCGCUCGCCCAGACUAUUUUAGCGAAGAAAGCGGCGAUGCGGUUAGCCGAUAAGGCGCGAGCUAAAAGGGACAAGGCCCCGUGGUCUAGAGGUACAUUGCAGUUCCAUUCUUUAGCAGCCCCUCAGACGUUGAGGAAAUUACCGGAUAUUAUUCAUGGGAAGCCCUAUCCAAUUCACAGAGAGGAGGAUGCGCUGGUCUGGCCCGAUCUUGCGGAAUUGGUCAAUGACAUCUGUGUCAAGUCCGGUGUUUUAGUGAGUGAUCCGCAGGGCUUUCCCUUGUCAUUUCUGGAUGAAUUGCAGAAGCGCUUCAGACGGGACAAUCAGAGUGAUUCUCUGGACGAGUUCGAAAGUACUGGUAAAAGUAAUGGGUACGACAUGCAGGUCCAAUGUAUCAUCUUGCCACCUGGUUAUGAAACUAGAUUACAUGGCCACGUGUCGCUCGAGUUAUGCUAUGUCCUGAGCGGGUCCUUGCAUGAAUUGAGGCUUUGUGGCACGGUACCUACCUUGGGCAAGGAUGAAGAACCAAAAGUACCUCUGCUAGAUUUGUCUGAGAUAACAGAAAAGAAGCGGAAUCGAACUCCCACGAGGUGCGGCGAUAUACCCGAAAAGGCCGUCUGGAAGGAGUCGACGAUAGAGCUCGGGGAGUACGUGCAUUGUGAUGUCGGUUCAGUACAUCAAAUUAAAUCAGGUAGUGACGGUGCGUCAUUAUUAAUAUUGUGGUGUGGGGUGGAAGAACCGUAUACGUCCGAUAGAAUUCUUUGUGGUGACGAGUUACGACUCGCUUCACCAAAUGAGAAACCACCAAAACUAAGGUUGUUCGAGGGGACCUGGGUGCCGCCGAAAGGUAUACAAUACUUUUCUAUCGACGACCAGAUUAUUGAAGAGAUGAAGGCCGAAGGUUUAAUCGAGGAGCGACGGCCGACGGAGGUCCCCGUUGUGGUGGAAGAGGACCCCCAUUCGCGUUUUGAUGAGCGCGCGGGGUUGCUGAAUAGCAAGCACUGGCGUCGCGCUGAGGGUGAGAAGGCGCCGUCGCCGCGGCGGACGUCCGACGACCACCUCCGCGGCUCGUGGGGGUCGCUGCACGAGGUGCGCGGUCAAAAAGAUGAAGUGGAUGAGGUCGUCGACGCAGCCAUUGAAAAGGCGAUGAGCCCCCCUAAGAAUGUGUAG